AUGUGGACGCGCAGAAACCUGGCAACGUUGGCCAAGAUCAAAGUGAAAACCCCGCUCGUCGAGCUGGACGGCGACGAGAUGACCCGCAUCAUCUGGCACCGCAUCCGCUCGCGCCUGGUGCUGCCGUACGUGGAUGUGGACCUGCGCUACUUCGACCUGUCGAUCACGUCACGUGACCGCACCCGCGACCAGAUCACCCGCGACGCCGCGCUCGCCAUCAAAAAGUACGGCGUGGGCGUCAAGUGCGCCACCAUCACGCCCGACGAGGCCCGCGUCGCGGAGUUCAAUCUCCACCACAUGUGGCGCUCCCCCAACGGCACCAUCCGCAACAUCCUCGGCGGCACCGUGUUCCGCGAGCCCAUCGUAAUUCCGCGGAUCCCGCGCCUCGUACCCGGGUGGCAGCAGCCCAUCAUCGUCGGCCGCCACGCGCACGGCGACCAGUACAAGGCGUCGGACGUGGCCGUGCCCGGCGCCGGUGCGCUGGAGCUGGUUUUCCGGCCCGGCGACGGCGCGCCCGCGCAGACCGUCAAGGUGUACGAUUUCGAGGGCCCUGGCGUGGCGCUCGCGAUGUACAACACAGACGCCUCGAUCCGCGGGUUCGCGCACUCGUCGUUCGCCAUGGCGCUGUCCAAGCGGCUGCCAUUGUACCUGGCCACCAAGAACACGAUUCUCAAGACGUACGACGGCAGAUUCAAAGACAUCUUCCAGGAGGUGUACGACAGCGAGUACGCGGCGCGCUUCGCGGCCGCGGGCAUCUCGUACGAACACCGCCUGAUUGACGACAUGGUCGCCCAGAUGAUCAAGUCGCGCGGCGGGUUUGUGCUGGCGUUGAAAAACUACGACGGCGACGUACAAAGCGACAUCGUCGCGCAGGGUUUCGGGUCGCUGGGGCUGAUGACGUCGAUGCUGGUCGCGCCCGACGGCAAGACGUUCGAGAGCGAGGCCGCGCACGGGACCGUUACCCGGCACUUCCGCCAGCACCAGCAGGGCAAAGAGACGUCCACCAACUCCAUCGCGUCGAUCUUUGCGUGGACCCGUGGGCUCGCCAAGCGUGGCGAGCUCGACGCCACGCCCGACGUGGUGCGCUUCGCGCACACGCUCGAGGCGGCCACGCUGCAGACCGUGCAGGACGACGGGAUCAUGACCAAGGACCUCGCGCUGGCGUGCGGGCGCACGGACCGCGCCGCGUACGUGACGACGGAGGAGUUCCUGGCCGCGGUCGAGACGCGGCUGGCGCGGCAGCUGGCGGCGUGA